CAUCACUAAUCUGAGCAGACCGGCGUGUGACGUAAAAAUGCUGCGCCGUAACCACGAAGAGCAAUGGCGGUGUCUCAACCGAAGCUUGAGAAAGACAGCGAAGACUCCUCUCUUUUGCCUUUAGUUCAUGAUAUAAUAAAAUGCAUGGAUAAGGACAAGGACGGCCAGGAUGUUCAUCAAGAGCUGACGAAACUGAAAACAAAGAUCCAGAAAGCUCGGGAGCAAAUCUCCAACAUGCCUGGGAUAGACAGCAGUCCACAGGAGCAGCAGCAGCAACUCGCCACUCUGAGAGAACAGGUGCGCACCAAGAACCAACUGCUGCAGAAAUACAAAAGCUUGUGCAUGUUUGAUGUACCCAAAGCAUCAUGAUAAGGGUGGAUGAGCACUAGACUGACCAGCGGAAAAAGGAAAAAAAAAAAAAGGUCAUGCUGGUCAAGGACAUGGUAUAGACAGGAUUUUUCCAGCAAUGCAAGAUGUUUUUCAGGAUCAUGAAUUGUUUUGUGCGUGUUUGAAUUUGUACAUUUUGUUUGUUGCUCUUUUGUAUCUUAUUUUCUUGUAUUAAAUUUCUUUUCAAAACCUUACCUAGAUGUUGUUUUUAGUAGAAUAUGCAGCCAUGUAUGUGUUUCUAUAUUGUUUUGGAAUCAAUCCACUGAUGUCACAAACUUAACAGGUCAAAUUUGAAAAAAAAAAAAAAGGUGCCUAUAUGUUAAUAAAGGCAGCAGACUUGUUUUGAAACAAAUAGAAAUUCUCUCUUGAACAUAUUGUCGUUUUUAUAUUAAUGGUUUUUAGAUAAAAUAAAAAGAUGAUGAAACACA